UGAUUUUAUAUAUAAAAUGUUACAAUCAUGAAAUAUUAUGAUCUUAAACCAAUCAAAUCGCGAUUUAUAAUUUGGCGUUUGUCUGUUAAAUCAACCACGUUAGUGCUUACGUUACUUCUUUAUGUCCAACUUGAAUAACAAGUUAGUCUUAUAUGCAACUUCAACGAAAGUCACUAACAAUUCCACAUAUAUAUAAAGUGACACUAAUGCAAUUACAGCUAAAAAGUAUUUACUCCUCUUUGUUUCAUUGAAGCAUUUCCACAAAUGGGUCAGCUACAUUUUUUCUUCUUUCCCAUGAUGGCUCAAGGUCACAUGAUACCUACACUUGACAUGGCGAAGCUUGUUGCUUCUCGUGGUGUUAAAGCCACUAUAAUCACAACACCUCUCAAUGAAUCUGUUUUCUCUAAAGCUAUUGAGAGAAACAAGCAUUUAGGUAUUGAAAUUGAUAUUCGUUUACUAAAAUUCCCAGCUAAGGAGAAUGAUUUGCCUGAAGAUUGUGAGCGUCUUGAUCUUGUACCUUCUGAUGACAAACUCCCAAACUUCUUAAAAGCUGCAGCUAUGAUGAAAGAUGAAUUUGAGGAGCUUAUUGGAGAAUGUCGCCCUGAUUGUCUUGUUUCUGAUAUGUUCCUUCCAUGGACUACUGAUAGUGCAGCCAAAUUUAACAUACCAAGAAUUGUAUUCCAUGGAACUAGUUACUUUGCGCUUUGUGUUGGCGAUAGCAUCAGGCGUAAUAAGCCUUUCAAGAAUGUGUCAUCUGAUACUGAAACUUUUGUUGUACCGGAUUUGCCACAUGAAAUUAGGCUAACUAGAACACAGUUGUCUCCGUUUGAGCAAUCCGAUGAAGAGACGGGUAUGGCUCCCUUGAUUAAAGCUGUGAGGGAAUCGGAUGCGAAGAGCUAUGGAGUUCUAUUCAAUAGCUUUUAUGAGCUUGAAUCAGAUUAUGUUGAACAUUACACUAAGGUUGUAGGUAGAAAAAAUUGGGCUAUUGGUCCGCUUUCGCUGUGCAAUAGGGAUAUCGAAGAUAAAGCUGAAAGAGGGAGGAAAUCAUCUAUCGAUGAACACGAGUGCUUGAAAUGGCUUGAUUCGAAGAAAUCAAGUUCCAUUGUUUAUGUUUGUUUUGGAAGCACAGCAGAUUUCACUACAGCACAGAUGCAAGAACUUGCUAUGGGGCUAGAAGCUUCUGGACAAGAUUUCAUUUGGGUUAUUAGAACAGGGAAUGAAGAUUGGCUCCCUGAAGGAUUCGAGGAAAGAACAAAAGAAAAAGGUUUAAUCAUAAGAGGGUGGGCACCCCAAGUGCUGAUUCUUGAUCACGAAGCUAUUGGAGCUUUUGUUACUCAUUGUGGAUGGAAUUCGACACUGGAAGGGAUAUCAGCAGGGGUACCAAUGGUGACAUGGCCAGUAUUUGCGGAACAGUUUUUCAAUGAGAAGUUGGUGACUGAGGUAAUGAGAACUGGAGCUGGUGUUGGUUCGAUGCAGUGGAAGAGAACAGCUAGUGAAGGAGUGAAAAGAGAAGCAAUAGCAAAGGCGAUAAAGAGAGUAAUGGCGAGUGAAGAAACAGAGGGAUUCAGAAGCAGAGCAAAAGAGUAUAAAGAAAUGGCAAGAGAAGCUAUUGAAGAAGGAGGAUCAUCUUACAAUGGAUGGGCUACUUUGAUACAAGAUAUAACUUCAUAUCAUUAAGUAGUGAUUCAAAAAAAAAAAAAAAUGUGUGUUUCUAUAUUCUGUGUUCUGUUUUGCUGAUUUGAUCAUAUUACGUACUUCUUCAUCAUAAUUAAUGACAUCAAAAGAAUCCAAGAUCAAUCAUCUCGAAGUUCAACGUUAAAAUAUUUCAACAUUUGAAUAA